GAAUAACUUGGUGAAGAUACAGGGAUACACAUCCAUGUCUCUACGACGCUUUUUAAGGGAGAGACGUGAAAGUCAUUUAAGGAUCCUACCAAGAGUCAACCAAAUCCUUCAUGGUAGAAGGCACUCACGAAAUAAUCCACGCCAAACAUGCUCUGAUGAAAUCAUGCAUCAAGACAUCAUUCCCCUCUAUGCUGCGGAUAUUGAGGACCAGUUAAAGAAGCAGUUUGCUUACCUAUCAGGUGGAAGAGGGGGAGAUGGCUGCCCUGUUAUCACCUUUCCAGAUUAUCCAGCUUUCAGCGAGAUCCCUGAAAAGGAGUUCCAGAACGUCCUGACGUACCUGACGAGCAUCCCAAGUUUACCAGAUGCUGGAAUUGGAUUUAUUCUUGUCAUAGAUCGCAGACAGGACAAAUGGACCUCUGUGAAAGCUUCUAUACUGCGGAUAGCAGCAUCUUUCCCAGGAAACCUGCAACUAGUCCUUGUGCUGCGCCCAACAGGGUUCUUUCAUCGAGCGCUCUCGGACAUCGCUUUCAAGUUCAACAAAGAUGAGUUUAAAAUGAAAGUGCCUAUCAUAAUGCUGGGCUCAGUAUCAGAACUGCAGGGUUAUAUUGAUAAAACACAAUUAACAGAAGAACUUGGUGGCACCCUGGAUUACUGCCAUAACAGAUGGCUCUCCCAUCGCACUGCUAUAGAAAGUUUUGCCCAAAUGGUUAAGCAAACAGCUCAGAUUCUUCAGUCCUUUGGGACUGAGUUGGCUGAAACUGAACUGCCAAAUGAUGUACAAUCAACCAGCACCCUUCUUGCAGCACACACGGAGAAGAAGGACAAAAUGAAGGAGGAUAUAAGGUUAGCAGUAGAACAGGGAGAUGAUAUCCUUGGAAGUAUUACAAAACCAGUUACUGAGAACCCUGAAUACAAACUGAAUCAAGAUCAGCUAGACAAUCAAACAACUGUAAAAAGGCUUCUGGCUCAGUUGCAGGAAACUGAGACUGCCUUUGAUCGGUUUUGGACUAAGCAUCAGCAAAAACUUGAGCAGUGCCUGCACCUCCGGCAUUUCGAACUGAAUUUUAGAGAGGUUAAAGCGGCUUUGGAUAUUGUGUCCGAGAGACUGUCUGCUUUCACAGAUGUAGGAAACAGCUGCUCACAUGUGGAGCACAUUUUGAAAGAUCUGUCCAACUUUGAAGAAAAAUCACGUGAAACUAUAGCAAAGGCCAGAAUGCUAGCCUCAGAGGGUGACCAUUUUAUUCAAAGCAAUCAUUAUGCUGUGGACUCCGUUCUUCCAAAAUGCAGCGAACUUCAUCAUCUCUGUGAUGCUUUUACUACUGAGACAGAACAGAAGAGGAAUCUUCUGAACAAAUCUCUAGAACUGCAUGGCUUAUUAGAAAAGUCUAUGAAGUGGUGUGAUGAAGGAAUUUAUCUGCUGGCUUCACAAUCUGUAGAUAAGUGUCAGUCUCAGGAUGGUGCAGAAUCAGCUUUACAGGAGAUUGAGAAGUUCCUGGACACUGGUGCAGGCAAUAAAAUCAAAGAGUUGAAUAAAAUUUACAGAGAGUAUGCACACAUCCUCAAUGAGGACCUAAAGGAGCAUGUGCAAAAGGUAUUCCAGAAGCAGGAAAGCAUGGAGGAAAUGUUCCAAAAGAGACAAGUAAGCCUUAAGAAACUGGCAGCUAAGCAGACACGUCCCGUUCAGCCAGUUGCACCAAGACCUGAAGCCUUCCUAAAAUCUCCCUGUACCUCUCCAGGUCCUCAAAGAGAUUAUGUAUCCAACUCAGAAAGCGGUGUGCUCCGGAGGGUAAACUACAAAAGAGCAAAGAGUGAAAUGACUGAAUUCCAUCAAAACAGGGGAGGAUCUACAAUGGAUGAUGAAGAAAACCUAGCUGUAUUACGGCAGCAUGUAAUUAAUGAACUUAUUGAAACCGAACGGGCAUAUGUGGAAGAACUUCUCUGUGUUCUUGAGGGCUAUGCUGCAGAGAUGGACAACCCCUUAAUGGCUCAUCUUAUUCCAUCAGAGCUCCAAAAUAAGAAGGAUAUUUUGUUUGGGAAUAUGGAAGAAAUCUAUCACUUUCACAACAGAAUAUUCUUGAGAGAACUAGAAAAUUAUGUAGAAUACCCAGAGCUAGUCGGACGGUGUUUUCUGGAUCAGAUGGAAGACUUCCAGAUUUAUGAAAAAUACUGCCAAAAUAAACCCCGCUCUGAAAGUUUGUGGAGGCAGUUUUCAGACUCCAUAUUUUUCCAGGAAUGUCAAAGGAAACUUGACCACAAGCUGAGUUUGGACUCGUACUUGCUGAAACCUGUUCAAAGAAUAACCAAAUAUCAGUUAUUGUUAAAGGAAAUGCUGAAAUACAGUAAGAACUGUGAAGGUGCUGAAGAUCUCCAAGAAGCAUUGACUUCUAUACUGGGUAUUCUCAAAGCAGUCAAUGAUUCUAUGCACCAGAUAGCCAUUACUGGCUAUGAUGGCAACCUGAAUGAGCUGGGCAAACUUUUGAUGCAGGGAUCCUUCAGUGUCUGGACUGAUCAUAAAAAAGGUCACUCCAAGGUGAAGGAUCUGGCGCGCUUCAAACCGAUGCAGCGGCACCUCUUCCUCCAUGAGAAAGCAGUGCUGUUCUGCAAAAAGAGAGAAGAGAAUGGAGAGGGCUACGAGAAAGCACCUUCCUAUAGCUAUAAGCACUCCUUAAACAUGGCAGCAGUUGGAAUAACAGAAAAUGUGAAAGGUGAUGCAAAGAAAUUUGAAAUCUGGUAUAAUGCAAGGGAAGAAGUUUACAUCAUACAGGCACCAACUCCUGAAGUUAAAGCUACUUGGGUAAAUGAAAUAAGAAAAGUGCUGACUAGUCAACUGCAGGCAUGUAGAGAAGCUAGCCAGCAUAGGACCCUAGAACAAACACACAGUUUACCUCUACCAGCAACAUCUUGUACAAGUCCUUCACGGAACAACAUUAGAAAUGCAAAAAAAAUGGAAGAGAGAAAAUCUGAUCUCGUGAGUCCAGAGGGUUUUGGCACCACAGUAGCACCAAAGUACCCUGAGAAAGGCAAAGAUGACACUAGCUCUACCUCAGAAUGCUCUGUACUGUCAAAAAAGUGCUUUACGCUGCAGGGCUUUACUAACCUCAAAAGUCAGAAAGCUUCUCCUACCAGCCCUGACAAAAAAGCUAAACGACAUGAAGUAGUGAGUGACCCAACUCCUUUUGGUUUAAGAGGUUGGGCCAAGACAUCCCAUUCUGUUGAUGCAUCUGAAGAAAAUGAUGGCUGGUCUAGUGCCGAUGAUCCGCUGAAUUCCUCAGAUGCAGAGGAGGAAGGAGGAGGAGGUGAUAUGAAACUGACUCCUGGCAAAUACACAGUUGUGACUGAUUAUGAGAAAGGAGUUUCUGAAGAAUUUAAAGUGAGAAGUGGGGAUCUAGUUCAACUGAUUCGAGAAGGGGAGGAUGGACUUUGGUAUGUAAAGAAUCUGAGCACUGGUAGAGAAGGUUGGAUCCCAGCAAACAACCUGCUGAUGCUCAUAGGCAAUUCAAAAUCAGCUCAAUCAUUAAGCAGCUCUGAAUCAGGCACUGCAUCCAGCACUCUGAGCACAUCGUCGAGCUGCAGUGAUAGCUGCAAUGUCAGCAGCACCAGCUUCUCGGACAUUAAGGGCUAACACUAACUUUUCAUCCCACCUCCAGGGAAG